AUGUCAUCAUCAGCUGAAUUGCCAUUCGCCGUGGAUGUGAAUACGCCGCUGAGCAGGAGUGAGCUACAGGUGCUUCGAAUACAGUACGACAAAGAGGAGCAAGCCGGGCAUACGUCAGUGCAAACGAAAUUCAACCUAGCGUGGGGACUUGUCAAGUCGAAGGAGCGGGAGGAGGUGACGGAGGGGGUUGCGCUGCUCAGCGAAAUCUACAAGCAGGAGGCGGAGAGGAGACGUGAGUGCCUCUAUUACCUCGCUCUAGGAAAUUACAAAGUGAGCAACUACGCGGAUGCGAAGAGGUUGAACGACGUCCUGCUUGAGAAGGAGCCUAAUAAUUUGCAAGCGCGCUCGCUGGGGCAGAUUAUCGAUAAGGCGUGGGCUAAAGAGGGAUACAUUGGGCUAGCUAUCAGCGGCGGGGCGGUAGCGCUGGGUGCCAUCUUGGUUGGCAGUCUCAUGCGUAGCAGGAAGUAG